GGCCGCCUCACGGGUAGGGUGCGGAUUGCUAGGGGUCACCCGGAGCCCGGGCACCUGGCGUGAACUCUCAGAGGCUGCGAAAGGAUCUUCAGGGCGGGUCACUUGGGGAAGGACAUGGGGGGCCUGGGCAUCGAGGGGAGGACACCUGACCUGCGGCUGACUGGGCUGCUCUGGAGAGAGGGCCACCCUCCUGGGAGCCCAGCGCUGUCCAGCUUUCUGUCCCUGCCUGGUGCUCUCUGGAGUUUCUCCUUUUGGUUCAUCUAGUUCCUGCCUCGUGGCCCCCUGUUCUGGUUUCCCAGGCGUAACACCUUGUUCUAGGGGUAGCUUGGGAUUUUUGCUUUGAAAGUGGACUUUAGUUUUUGCAGCCCAUUUAAGUUCACAGCAUGACCGCGGGGAAGGCACAGACUACCUCACGGCAGCGUCCCCACCUGGGGGACCCGCAUUGAUGCUGCAGCACCCAGGGCCCAUCCUUUCGUGGGGAGGACAAGUAUGGGAUGACAUGGACCCAUCACGUGAUGGCUGUCACCACCCUGACAGCCCAGCCCCCCUGUGCCCAGAGUGAUCCCUCCCUUCCCUAAUCCCUGAAGCCAUUGGGGGGGGGAUCCUUUUCCUAUCUUCGUGGUUUUCCUUUUCCAGAGAGCUGGGCACUUGGAGUCCCACAGUGCGCAGCCGUCUUGGAUUGGCUGCUUCCACUUAGUGACAUGUGGUUAAGCCAUUUCUCUUUAGCGCUGAGUGAUGUCGCUUGGCGUGGAUGGACCACAGUGUCUUCACCCGUCACCUCGUGGAGGACGUCUUGGUUCUUCCAAGUUUGGGUGGUUGUGGGCUCCCAGAGCAUGAGCUCGCUGAACAGGCGCCCGCUUUCCUCCUGGAGUGUGACAGCGCGGUGCUGGGCGCCCUGCAGACACACCUGGCACUGUACAGGAUCCGGCGGAAGGUCGUGGUGGAGCCAUGCCCCGAGCUGCGCGUGUGGGCUCUGCUGCCUGACUGCCCCGAGGAGGUCUGUGGGGCUGCACCGUUGCGGGAGCGGACUGACAGAACCAGCGUCCUCACCCCCGACCCCCGGACCGCCCGCAUGGGCUGGCGGCUUCUCAUCCGGGAUGAGGGCCUGGUGCCGGUGCCCAGAGGCCGGCUCGGAGACCCCCGGGAUUAUCACAGGCACCGGUACCAGCAAGGCGUUCCUGAGGGGGUCCGGGACCUGCCCCCAGGAGUGGCCCUGCCCCUGGAGUCCAACCUGGCUUUCAUGAAUGGUGUCAGCUUCACUAAGGGCUGCUACAUAGGCCAGGAGCUGACUGCCCGCACCCACCACAUGGGCGUCAUCCGCAAACGCCUGUUCCCAGUGCAGCUGUUGGGGCCUGUCCCUGAGGAUGGCAUCGCUCUAGGCGCCCCAGUGCUCACCGAGUCGGGUCAGGCCGCUGGCAAGUACAGGGCUGGCCAGGGGGAUGUGGGCCUCGCCUUGCUGCGGGCAGAGAAGAUUAAGGGCCCUCUCCACAUCAGGACCUCCAACAGCGGCCAGGUGGCCCUGACUGUGUCUGUGCCGGACUGGUGGCCCACAGUCGCCAAGUAGCCAGGACGUCCCUCUGCUCCUGCAGCCCUGGGGCUGCCAGGGUGCCCUGGAGGGCUCUGUCCAUCUGCUGCACUCUGCAGGCUGGCCUCCUAGCUCCCAGGGCUGCAAGUGUGGCUGGCUUGUGUUUCGCGCCCACCGUGCUUCCCAAAGAGGGUCCCACGGGCAGCUGUGGCUGUCAUCCCUUGCUGCUCUGUGGCUGUGAGCUGCAGGAGUCCUCCUGGGGACCCAGGAGGAGGAGCCAGCCCUUCACGUGCCCCUGUGCCAAGGUGAGCUGCAGUUUCCCUCCGAUGGGGAAGGACAGGGUCCCAGCUGUGUGGGUUUGGAGGUGGUUCAUCUAUUGGCUGAGGACAGGACGGUCCAGAGCCUUGUCCCCAGGCUGCCUGCAUUCCUCUCCAUCUGGGGUUGGCUGAAAGGGCAGGUGGGCCCUGGGAACUGGUGUGCCAUGUGCUGGCUGUGGGACACCCUGUGAAUUUCACAUGGGGGCCCCACUUGUGCACCAAGGUUUCUGCUGCGCCCCUCCCCCUCCACCCCAGGAGCUGCCCUGGGGUGGGACAGCAGGGCUCUGACAAGGAGGAGCUUCUGCUUGGUUUACUUGCUGCUUUUCUGAGGCGUGGCUAUGUUUUCACAGUAAGAGGUUGACUUUCUUCUCUUCUUGAAACCACUGACUUGCACUGUCCCAUGCAAUGUGAAUCUCAUGGUUAGGGGUGUCCCGCGUGAUGCCCCGGAGUGGCUAUUAAAGUGUGACGCACAAGCA